UCACAGCAAACGACUGUCGCGUCUGGAAAAGCCUUAUUGUAUAUUCCGUAUCCUGGCACGAUAUCCUUGUUAUCUUUUAUCCUAAAUUAAUCAAUCGAAAGUGCUAAUCGUCUCAAUUCCAACAAAUCACAAAUGAGUGAAACGUAAAAUGAUGAAUCCAAUUCGUUGCCACCGGCCCCCGUUGUGUUCCUUUCCGGAAAAUCCAUCUUACGAAAUGUCCUUCCUCCCAAAAGGAUGAAAAAUCACCGUUGAAGGAAGAACUCUUGAAAAUGUGAUCUUCGCCGAAGAAAAAUCAUUCACGAAAAGACAAGAGAGGCCAGAAUUUCAAGGAUAUAUGGCUCUUUAGGGAAAGUGUAGGAGGAGUGCUAUUGUGUGUAGUGUCAGAAUAAAUUAUUUGCAUUACUUCGCUAUGUAGCAAGUACGUGUGUGUAUGCAUGUAGGCGGGUGCAUGUGGACAAGAAGUGCAAAACGCGCUUAAUUGUUGUUGAGCAAAGUGAAGCCAGGUGGCAGUGGACGGGUUAAAGCCGAACCAUCAAAGUUGCAUAUGCGUUCGUUGAAUUAUUUGCCUGGGCUUUAAAGGUGAACUCCCCAUUGAAGCAACCCCCCACGCAUAGUCUGUCUUUCCAGGGGGGUGGGAUAUGUUUUUUUCCGUUCGCCCCAGCUAAGAUUGCUUUUCAUAUUUGAUUUUGAAUGAGCGAAACAGUCGGAAAGUACUGAAGUUUUCCAAAGUAGAAGAUAAGCAUGGAAGGAUAAUAGGAAAGGACUAUUCGACCCGGGAAAACGUGAUGGAUCAUUGUGAUAGUGUUUGAGAAACGUCUUCAUGUCGGUGCAUAGUUUUUGGUAGUUCGACUUAGAUUUAUUCAAUGGUUUAGAGACUAGACCACGUCAGUUAAUUUAAAUAUUGAAAUAUGUGAUAUUUUACGCACAACCCACCCGAAAUUUCAAACAAGGAUUCCACUUGUACUAAAAUCCACUAUCUUCCCCGCUUUUCAAGCAAAUUGUCUGUGAUUAUUGUUUACGAUAAUUUGAGAAGUGAACAGUGUCUCCCAAAUGUUGUCUUUACGCUUUAGUUCUUUAGUAAUAAAGUAAAAGGAAACGCCACUUCUGCAUAGAAUCAUCUCCUAUUCAUGGCCUCCUUUCGUCCCAAAGCAUCAUAGGGACUCACACGUGAGUGCGCUUCGGUUUAAGGACAUAGUGAACAAUUCAAGUGUCUCCCUUUCACCGUGUCACGUUUCAUAAUAGUAUAGAACCCAUAAAAGAAAUUGUUCCAGUCAUUUCUAUGUACUACAAUUACUGCCGUAACUGCUAUAAUCAACGUUAAGUGAAAAGGAUCCUUUUAUCAUAACAAGUACAUAGGCCGAUUCGGAUAGAUAUCGAAAAGAAACUACAUCAACACCAUGCAUUUCUGGAUUGAUAAGCGCUCACAAACGUGUGGCUUCGGUAGAGCUCGUGUUGCUGCUUCACUAGGAGGUGGAAGUGUUGGACUAGGUUUUGGACCACCACCGCGACGCAUCAUUUCCAAACCACCAUCCUCGGCAACAAUACACCGACUACAAUCAGCCAACGAUAGACCCCAUCCAAACAAUAACAACAGCCACAGUACUAGCAACAAUAGCAACAGCAGUAACAACAACUCCGUUACACCGAAUAGCACGAAUAGCUCCAGCACGACAAACAACAACAAUCCUAAUCGUAACAAUCGAAGUAGAUUGAAUCAUAGUAAUGGAUCGAGUCCAUAUCAGCAACAUCGACACCAACAAUCACAUCAUCAUCUCCAUGAAAACAGCCAUCAAAGUCGGCAUUAUCAGCAGCAACAGUUGCAGCAACAUCAACAUCAGCCGCAUCAUCAGCGACACCAAAGUAAUCCUAUGGAUCACCAUAGUCCACACAAUCUACCGCGAGCAUCGGCUCAACUGUUAACGGUUAACAAUCAGGACUAUCAUAUUCCUGUUGCACUGCCAUAUAGCUAUGGAGGACCAUCGCACACUCUCGAUCUGGAACAAGGUUCACUUGGCAUUGAAUCACUUUCGGUAAGGACUGCAAGCAUGGCGGCAAACCAUCACAUAGGACCAACAGUAUCAGACCCUCACCACGGACUGGCCGAAGUCUCUACCGAAGCUCAGCUACUUCCACCGCAUUUAAAAUUUGGAAUGUGCGCAUCCUUGGUCCUUGCUUCCGUGUUUAUUGCCGGAGCCAAGUACUACUUCGACCAUCAAGGCGGCGGCAUGGAUGCGUUGAUAUUUUGUGCUUUCCUAACAAUCUCAUUUCUGGCACUAUGUGCAAUUUCGUUAUGCCGCUACGUCCCGCGUGAUCUGACUGCAUCGCCAUCUAUAAGUGUUGAUGGCCAUUCAAGAAUUCUAGAUGGACACGUCCAACAUGGUAGCGGUCGUGGAACGGAUCAAGGAGGAUCUGGUGGACAUAUCGCAGGAUCCCCGCAUCCGCAAAUAUAUGCACAGAAUGCAGAGCAAAGCGGUCAAGAUUUGCAGAUGUCCCAUAGUCCGAUAACGAACUCUAUUGCAGCACCUCCGCCGCCUUAUCAUAUUGCAAUCCUUUUGCCUCCGGAAAGUGGGAAGGAAAUGCAGUUAGACGAAUCACCACCACCGUCAUAUGAUAAAAUACUGAUUUAAUAGCGUUUAAAUGCAAAUUAAUAAAAAAUCUAGAAUUGAAUUAACCAAAUACGGCACAUUUUUCGAAAAUCAAUCGAAAACAAGUGAAUUAGAUACAAUAUGAGAUUAAGAGUUUCGUUCAAUUCAAGAUGGCGGACAGAAUCUCAUGCAGCCAUAUUGGAGUUUCCUUUCUAUGACAACAAAAAAAAGUAUUCUUUAAACAAAAUUUGCCAAACCAAAAAGCAAGGAAACGGUAAGUGAUAAGAUCUGAAAAUAAUAAAAUUAUAUUUAGAAAAUGUAGACAUCAUGUUCAGUAUUAUCAAUACUAAAACAAAAAAAAACUGUUGUAUUUUAUAGAAUUUUUUUCUCUUGAUGAAAAUAUCUGGGAAAAAUAAAAAAGAAAAUAUUUAGUAGAUAACUUCGAUAAAUAUGAAAAAAAAAUCGCAUUCAUAUGUGUGAAAUGAUUUUUAAAUUUGCUACACAAUCCAAGUCCGAUUUAUCACGUUAUCGGAAAAAUAAAAAUAAAAUAAAACAUCAUAAUUCGGUCAGAAUUUCCAAAAAAAAAAUAUAACGACGCAUUGGAUGUGUAAAUCAAUUUUACAUUUCACGGUAAAGUAUCUCAAUUGAUGAGAAAUCGUUUCGGUAGAUUUUUAUUAGGAGUUUAUGUUAACAAAAUCUUUUACUUUUGACCAUUUUUCUGUUUUUUAUUUAUUUAAAAAAUACUCCAAAAUGAUCAUUUAAUCCAGUAAAUUUUUCAAGUGUUCAUUUUUAAGCUUUUGUCGUUUAACGAAUCAAUAAAAUCAACCAUAAUAGAAUGUAAUAUUGUACUGUAGAGAUUUAAUUGAAAAUAUUAUAUUAUAUAAUGAAAUAUUAUCAUUAUGAAAAUAUUGGUACUGAAUGGAAGCCAAUUCACGAUUUAUUGUAAAUAUAGGGCCUAAUUUUAUGCGCUCACGAUGAAGCACAAAUAAUAAUGAUAUUCUUACUUACGUACAUGAGUAUAUGUAUCAGUGCGGAUAUCUCGAAUAAUAUUUUACGAAGACUAACGAUGAUGUAUAAAAAUGAAAUUAUAAAAAAAGGAAAA